ACUGGGCGGGACCACGGCGGGUCGGACUGCCAGCCGUUGGGCACUUCCGCCGGGCUCGGGUUUCCUUCGACUCGGCAUUUAAAUUGAGCUGCAGGACAUCAGCUGCUGCUACACUCAGCGCUGUGCUGUGACAGAAAAUACCCUCGUAGCGCUAGCAAAACAGGCUACUCGUAUUUUUUUUUAUUUUUGACACGAAAACGGCAGAAAUAUUAGUUUGUCCCGACGAGGUUUUGUGUUGUUUUGUGUGCUGAAGAGCGGGAGUGGUUGAACAAUAACGGUGGUUGCGCUCUGACAGCAGGUCGGUGCAUCAUUUUUGGGAUUCCUCUGCUAGUUAGCCCUUGGACGAAAAUUGAAUUGCGGUAACGGGAUGUUGUGCAUGAGCAGCGUGAUUUAGGCCUUUCUGGACAGUGUUUGUUUACUGAAAUAGAUUGGCAAACAAAUAACAACUUCAUUUAAUGCAGUGUUUCUUUGGUCCAGGAGCAUAAGUGGCCUGGACUUGGCAGGACCUAUGGACUCGAUGAUGAUAGUACAUUUAAAGGUUUAAAUUCUGAUAAAAACAUAUAUAAUCUUUACAUCUUUUUAUUCGUAGACAUUACAAGAGACAAAGUCUUAAAUAGCCUACAACUGGGCUGAAUAUCAGACCAGACCUCAAUAUUAUCAGUAACAACAACAGUCACCACCCAUUCAGUGUGGCAGGACAGACUGACUGACUGACUGACUGGCUGGCUUUAUUUCAUCCAUAUAUAUUUUUCCUGAGGCUGAUUUUCAGCAAUUUGUUUUCCAAAACAGACUUUUAAGGUGAUUUCCAGAAAAAUAUAUCAUUUAGUGUGCAUUAGUUUGUAUAUGUCACUAAAUUAGGUUUGAAUUAGGUUAGAUCUUCAUCUGACUUUUUGAAACUGUUUUAGUUUGGAGUAUCUAAUUCCUCAAGGACAUAACAAAUUUGUAGACUUUUCAGGAUAUACCUGUCAGUCAACAACAAGAAUAGGCAUCUUUGACCAGUUACACUCAUUGGAGGCUUUACUAGUGUAACAAUAAGCAACCAGCAACCAUGUUCAGCUGGCUUGGAACCGACGACAGGAGGAAGAAGGAGCCAGAAGUCUUUCAGACAGUCAGUGAAGGACUUAAGAAGCUCUACAAAACCAAACUCCUGCCGCUGGAGGAGAGCUACAAGUUCCACGAGUUCCACUCUCCAGCUCUAGAGGAUGCAGACUUUGACAACAAGCCAAUGGUGUUACUGGUUGGACAGUACUCCACUGGCAAGACAAGCUUCAUACGCUACCUGUUGGAGCAGGAUUUUCCUGGAAUGAGAAUUGGCCCUGAACCCACCACCGAUUCCUUCAUCGCGGUGAUGCACGGCGACACAGAAGGAGUCAUCCCCGGCAACGCUUUGGUGGUUGACCCCAAGAAGCCCUUCAGAAAGCUGAACGCAUUUGGAAACGCAUUCCUUAACAGGUUUGUGUGUGCACAGUUGCCUAACCCAGUGCUGGAGAGCAUCAGUGUGAUUGACACACCAGGGAUUCUGUCAGGGGAGAAACAGAGAAUUAGUCGAGGCUAUGACUUUGCGGCUGUGUUGGAGUGGUUUGCUGAGAGAGUGGACAGGAUCAUAUUAUUGUUUGACGCCCACAAACUGGACAUCUCGGACGAGUUCUCAGAGGUUAUAAAGGCCCUGAAGAACCAUGAGGACAAGAUCAGAGUUGUGCUGAACAAGGCUGACCAGAUAGAAACCCAGCAGCUGAUGAGGGUGUAUGGUGCCCUGAUGUGGUCACUGGGGAAAAUAGUCAACACCCCUGAGGUAAUCCGCGUCUACAUCGGUUCAUUCUGGUCCCACCCUCUGUUGAUUCCAGACAACAGGAAGCUGUUUGAAGCAGAAGAGCAGGACUUAUUUAAGGACAUUCAGUCUUUACCGAGAAAUGCAGCGCUUAGAAAACUCAACGAUCUGAUCAAGAGGGCAAGACUAGCCAAGGUCCAUGCCUACAUCAUCAGCUCACUGAAGAAAGAGAUGCCCUCAGUGUUUGGGAAGGAGAACAAGAAGAAAGAACUGAUCGGCAGUCUGGGAGAUAUUUACAAACGCAUUGAGAGAGAGCAUCAGAUAUCACCUGGAGAUUUUCCUAGUCUUAAGAAGAUGCAGGACCAACUCCAAGCUCAGGAUCUCAACAAAUUCCAGCCUCUGAAACCCAAACUCCUCGAGGCGGUGGACGACAUGCUGGCCAACGACAUCGCUGGCUUAAUGGUCCUGGUCCGCCAAGAAGAAAACCAGCGUCCCAACCCAGUUGUGAAGGGCGGCGCGUUUGACGGAACUUUGGACGGCCCGUUUGGCCACGGGUACGGCGAAGGAGCUGGGGAAGGUAUCGACGAGGCAGAGUGGGUCGUCGCCCGUGACAAACCUGCUUAUGAUGAGAUUUUCUACACGUUAUCUCCCGUCAACGGGAAGGUGACGGGGGCCAACGCCAAGAGGGAGAUGGUGAAGUCAAAACUGCCCAAUACAGUGCUGGGAAAGAUCUGGAAGCUGGCAGAUAUCGAUAAGGAUGGGAUGCUUGAUGAUGAGGAGUUUGCGUUGGCCAAUCACCUGAUUAAAGUGAAACUGGAGGGACAUGAACUACCAUCGGAUCUGCCUGCACACCUGGUGCCGCCUUCCAAGAGGAAAAUACCUGAGUAAAUGUAAGAUUACACUCGCCCCUAUCCCUAAAACCUGUAAGUAGAACCUCCCCCUUUCACAUCCCACUUAAAAUAGAAAUAUUCCUGUAGCAUUAUAGCAAAAACUAAAUUAGACCCCAUUUCCAUCUGCCAGUCCCUCUCUGCUGCUGUCACCCUCACAUCUACAGUCUUUCCCUCCCCUCAAGAGGCCAAUAUAUUAGAGUAAAAUAUUAAGUUACAUUCAGAAAAAAAGUUAGGGAAUGCUAAGUGGCUGAUUCCAUGCUUUUACCAGGGUAGAAAAACUGGAUCUUGACAAGUUCUUUGAAUGACGUCAAGUAUUUAGCCCAGUGUCCUCCUUUGUAUUAAGGGUGAGAUAUGUUAGAUAAAGUAAUUAGUAAAGAAACUAAAACAAAACACACUGGAAUACAGCAAAAUGUGAGUUGAUCCAAGCUACUGGAAGAAAAGGAGAUGCAACAAUGUGAAGACAAAAAGUGAAGAAAGAAACUUUUCUUCAAAAGGUCAUUUUGGGAAAAAGACUGGGAUAUAAAAAAGUAAAUAAACUGCCUUCUCCCCCUUUAUAACUUUAUCUAUAAUAGAAACUAUUAUCAUAUUGACUGCAGUUCUCCACCCAACUUGCAAAACAUUUCACAGUUCUUGUAUCUCGAGGUUUUUUUGUCCCCUGGCACGGCUGAGUAUUCUGGCCUUUGUUUCAUGGCGACAUAUAACAAACAGCUACAAAGACUUCCUGGCAAGCAGCGGGAGAAUACACACAAACACACAAAUGUGUAGAAGCACACACACAGAAAAUUAACAUGAGUUCUGGUAACAUGGUUUCUAACCAGAGCAGUUCACAGUCCAACACCUCCUCUUACCUUAAAAAGAAAAUGGCCCUACAUCAUCUUUUUAAAACAAUAAAUGUGAUAUACAGGUGUGUGUGUGUGUGUGUGUGUGUGUGUGUGUGUGUGUGUGUGUGUGUGUGUGUGUGUGUGUGUGUGUGUGUGUGUGUGUGUGUGUGUGUGUGUGUGUGUGUGUGUGUGUGUGUGUGUGUGUGUGUGUGUGUGGUGAGUUUAUGACAUCAUUUACUGUAGCAUCUGAAUUGACCUUCUGCGAUGAAGGAGGAAAAUGUUUCUCUAAUGGGGAAACAAGCACAUGAGAAACUGAGGAUGAGGAUUUUUACAUAGUUCUAAAUAUCAUUAACAUGUUUGGAAAUACUGUGACUGUAAUAUGAAACCAUAUAAUGGGUAUUGUUUGGACACAUGAGUGUGCAGACAUUCUCAGUAUAAAUGUAUUGUAAGGACUUUGAAUGUUGAAUGUGCAGACGUUCACGGUUCUGUGUGGGCACAUCCUGACUGUUGUAUGUACACAUACGACCACAUGUAUCAGUGUUAUUAUUUGUAACAUAUAUGUUUAAAUCUUAAGCAUUACACAGGUUACUGAUCCAGGAGUUUUCCAGUGGGUUAUUAAUUGAAAAUCGGAUGAAUCCAUUAUUGUUUACCAUCUGAAAGUUGUCUAACCCGGCAGUCAAGAGAGUGAACACAGCUUAUUUUGUGGUAACAAAACACUAAUCGACACAUUUUUCAGAUGUUUGUUUUUGGCUUUCCAUUCACGUGUUUUAAAUUGUAUACAUGUAAUAAAUGUAAUCUCUCUGUACAAUGUUUCUGAUUUAUGGUAGCGAUAUGCCAGUAUGUAUGUGUGUGUAUAUAUACUUCACGUUUGACCAUGUUUGUUGUUGUGAGAGUUGCUGAUCAUAAGAUGAAACUAAACAUACUAAAUUUGGGUUCCCAUAUGAUAAGAAAUGUUCACUAUAUGUUUUAUGACUGAGACAAUAUUCACCCAGCUUGAGCCACAGAAUUGAAAUAUGUCCAGUUUUUGUGCCCCUCCCUGUUCAUCUCUGUGCCGUUACUGUGAAUCUACUGUACAUUAAAAGACUGUUCGCAUUCCACAAACACAGAUUGGGAGAUCAGCCACUUCCAUCUCUGGGUGCUUUAUGCAUCACUACUAUCUUACAUUUCACAGGCGAGCCACAACAGACCAACGGAAUAAAUGUUAAAAGCAUGCUUGUCGAAAGUGGAUUCUCUGCAAAACAAAGUCCUUCAGAUUCACAAAUUGUUUUCAUACCCUGACAGAUUGCAACAUGACGUCCUGUGUACUGGUAAAUACACUGGCGUAAUGGUAUUUUUUCUGUUUUAAGAUGUUUAUGUAUUGCAAAAUCUGUACUUCACUGCUUUUCUGUCGACAUAAACAAUAGUCCAAAAGUGUAAUAAAGAUUCAUUUACUCUGC